ACAUACAAUUUAGUCUUAAUUCCGCAUAGAACAUGAUGUUAGACCGUACAAAUCAGAAGAAGCCAUUCCCUUCAAUGAUCCAUUCAGUUGGAGACAUAUUGGUUGUUAGUCAGUCAGAAGAAUCGUCAAGCAGAAUGCCAAACAGCCUGGAUGGCGGCGGUUUAAAUUCUUGUGUCGUCACGGGCGAGAGUGCGUUUAUCAAUCGAGCAGGUUCUGUGGACCUGAAAGUCUUUCAAUCAAAAUUAAUGCUCAAAAGUCCACGGCCACAACAAAAUUUCCAAAUAGUUAGGGUCUUGGCGUGGUGUAUAUCCGUCGCAUGGGCAGUGGGCGCACAUUACCAUUUCGUACACUUGAUU